GGCCGCGGCCUCGGCCUCGGCUCCUCCCUGCCGUCUUCCUCCCCCGCACGAGCCGCCCGUAUCCUCCGCAGGUCGGCGGUGGCGGGGCUGGAGACGCUGCUGCCCCUGCACACCGCGGUCGCGUCGGCGCGCCUUAAGUCCUGCAUCGCCGUCGACUCCACCUGCUGGUGCUCCCUCUCCCAAGGAUAUGCUUUGCCUUUGUGACAAAGAGCUGCCCCCGAAGAAACCAAUGAACAUUAAGGAUCACAGACAUUUCCGGCUGUAAUAAUUAGAUACUUGCAAACUCACAGUGGUACAGUGCAUCCAGACCUGUUUAAUGAUUAUAUAAUGUGAUUCCUCCAUGUUUUGGAGGAAGUUUGUUUGAUGCUGAAA